CGCAGCCAGGAGCCGCCGCACCAUGCCCCGCAUAGAUGCGGACCUCAAGCUCGACUUCAAGGAUGUCCUGCUCCGACCUAAGCGGAGCAGCCUCAAGAGCCGAGCCGAGGUGGAUCUUGAACGCACCUUCACGUUUCGAAAUUCAAAGCAGACCUACUCAGGGAUUCCCAUUAUCGUGGCCAACAUGGACACUGUGGGCACAUUUGAGAUGGCAGCUGUGAUGUCACAGCACUCCAUGUUUACAGCAAUUCACAAGCAUUACUCCCUGGAUGACUGGAAGCUCUUUGCCACAAAUCACCCAGAAUGCCUGCAGCACAUAGCCGUGAGUUCCGGCAGUGGGCAGAACGAUCUGGAAAAGAUGACCAGCGUCUUGAAAGCUGUGCCACAGGUUAAGUUUAUUUGCCUGGAUGUGGCCAAUGGGUAUUCAGAACAUUUUGUGGAAUUCGUGAAACUCGUCCGUGCCAAAUUUCCUGAACACACCAUUAUGGCAGGGAACGUGGUGACAGGAGAAAUGGUAGAAGAGCUUAUUCUUUCCGGAGCAGAUAUCAUCAAAGUGGGAGUUGGACCAGGCUCUGUGUGCACCACCCGCACCAAGACAGGAGUGGGGUACCCCCAGCUGAGCGCCGUCAUUGAGUGUGCUGACUCCGCCCACGGCCUGCAGGGCCACAUCAUCUCUGAUGGAGGCUGCACGUGUCCAGGGGAUGUCGCCAAAGCAUUUGGAGCUGGAGCAGAUUUUGUCAUGCUGGGAGGAAUGUUUUCAGGUCAUACGGAGUGUGCUGGAGAAGUGAUUGAGAGGAACGGACGGAAGCUCAAACUGUUCUACGGGAUGAGCUCUGACACGGCCAUGAAGAAGCACGCAGGAGGAGUUGCUGAGUACAGAGCCUCUGAGGGUAAGACUGUGGAAGUGCCUUACAAAGGAGAUGUGGAAAACACUAUCCUGGAUAUUCUCGGGGGACUGAGGUCCACGUGCACCUACGUGGGGGCCGCCAAACUCAAGGAGCUCAGCAGGAGGGCAACGUUCAUCCGGGUGACCCAGCAGCACAACACCGUGUUCAGCUAACCCCGGGAAUGAAACGGCGUCUGGCUCGAGUGGAAGCAUCCAAACCUGCUUUUCCCAUCUCCCUCCUACUCUGUUCCGUCAGAGCUUCUGGCUGCUCCCGAAUGGUGGAAUGCUGUGUCCUCUCUCCAAUCUCCUGCUGCCUGGAGGCUUCGGGGCUCUCUCGCCUGCCUUCUUGGGGCCCAGACACAAGGCACCGAUUGGGCCAACAUCAGAGCCCUGCUGCCCAGAACUCACAACCUCAUUGUUCAAACCAACACUCGCACCUUUCUUUUUCUCUUUCUCUCUCCCUUUGUUUGUUUUUCUUUCUUUUUUAAAAGAAGAUGGUUUCACUUUAAUAUAAUGCUAUUAAGACUU